UUAUUUGAUGCUCCACGAUCCGAGAUGCCUCGACUCGAAGUCAAGAGCUAUGGUGCAGUUUUCCAUCCCACCCUCAUGGCCGAUAGAAAUGACGCCGCUAAGAAUAAUCGGCAGUUAACAUCCCCUCCACUUCUCGAUUUAAAUAUUGAAGGACUUGGACAUUUCUUUCUGUCCCCUCAUCUACAGAUUUAUCUUACCUAGAGCCGAUCUUCCCUCGUUUUCAUCUCCUCCAGAUCCUCAUUACCAUUACCAUUACCAUCAUGCCCCCCGCCGCGACCGAGAAUGUUCCAGCUCCGGCUGCAGCUGCAGCUGCAGCUUCUAAGCCUGAAGCACAGCCAUAUCUCAGCACAAUGCCUUCUUCAGACUUCAGCUGGCAGAUUACCCUCGCGAACAAAGUAGUCGCAAUUACCGGCGCCAACCGCGGAAUCGGGUUGGGGAUUGCGGAGGUCUGUCUCGCGAACUCAGCCGAGCUCGUAUACUCCCUCGACCUGAUGGAGCCUGGAGAGGACUUUUCGGAACUCCAAAAGAGAUACAGCAAUAUUCGCUAUAUUCAAACCGAUGUAACGAGCGAAGAAAGUAUCGAGAAUGCUAUCAACAAAGUGGUUGAGGAAACGGGUCGGAUCGAUGGCUUGGUGGCCAACGCUGGAAUGACCAAGCAUCAGCCUGCACUCAAAUUUGACCGUGAACAAUUGGAUAAACUGUUCAACCUCAAUGUCUUUGGUGCAUACUUCUGUGCUCAAAUCGUCGCACGCAAAUUCAUCGAACUUGGCAUCAAGGGGUCUAUCGUGAUGACUUCCAGUAUGACUUCUUAUCGACCAAAUAGGGCUGCUCCUUCUGCUCCUUACGGUGCGACCAAGGCUGCAGUUCGGAAUAUGUGUCACACUCUGGCCAUGGAAUGGAGCCAACAUGGCAUCCGCGUCAACAGCAUUUCUCCCGGGUUCGUUCGAACCGCAAUGACAUACUAUGUUGAGAAGUCUCCGGACUGGGAUCUCAAGAUGCAAUACUACGGUGGUAUGCCUCGUCUAGCCGACCCACGGGAGCUUGGUGGAGCGUAUGUGUACCUCCUCAGCGACUCGAGCUCCUACACAACUGGUAUUGAUAUUCCGAUCGCUGGUAUUGUGGGUGCGUGGUAAUGGGGCUAUGGAUGAUCUUCAAGACGUGGACUAUGCAUUUUAUAUAUCCGGUGAACCAUUGUGGUCGGCGUUGAUUUUGCUUUAUAGAUUGUUCGAUUUUCCAAGGAAGACCGUUUGAGGCUUUUCAUAUGCUUCCCAUGUUGUAGACAGUACCACUGAAUCUUCAUGACCUUCCUUUAAUUGUCAGCGUUCAAACACACUAGCAAGCUGCCAUUUCUUUAUCUCUUAGAUCCUUUAUUUCUUGAAGCCCUUUAUAUGAGUUUCUUUUAUAAAACGGCCUCAUUUUCCCUACCAGUCGUUUCUACCUAGAUACUCGAAUCAGA